CUAAUAAAUUCAUCCCUUCUUUCGACUAAUCAAAUCGUAGAACAGAAGGCCCUAAUGACGGGUGCACGAUAAUAAUCCUGACUUUUCCCUUUUCAGAUAUCUCUCUCCCCCCUCCCCUUCGACCCAAAGCGAAGGCCGCUCUCUGGCUUCAACAAUCCGAAGGGCUUGCCAUUUCCACAAGAAAUUCAGAUACUGUUUUUAAUAUUUUUUUCGAUCUCCAUUUCACCUCCCCCGUCUUCUCCUCUUAUCGUCUCGAUCGUCGGGACAUGAUAAGAUUAGACUGCAUUUAGGUGCUUUAAUGCUUGCCGCAUCACAUCUGCUUCCAAUUGUUGUUCGCUAGCUGAAAAUGUCAUGUGAUGAGGUGCUGAAGGCUGUUUUUCCUUUGCUGGAUGGUGUAGACCUUGCUUCUUGUAUGGCAGUUUGCAAACAAUGGAGAGAUAUUGCCCGAGAUGAUUAUUUUUGGAAAUGCCUGUGUGCCAAGAGAUGGCCUUCAAUUUGCAAGCGGCCUAACCCUCCAACUGUGACCUACUACAAGCUUUACCAAACAUUUUAUAAGCGACAGCAUCGCCAAACCCUGCUUCCUCCAAGAAUUUCUCUUGAUGAUUUAGAGUUUUUCAUCGAUAUUUGGGCUGAAGAAAAAUUGAUCUUCUCAGAAGUAGUUCCAGGCCCUGUUUUACUGACUGGGAUCAGAGUCCCACCGCCUGGAAUUUGUGACAUACUUAGAUUUCACCUUGACGGUCCUGAUUAUAAGAUGAUUCUACCUGUUGAGCCAACGGUCAAAAUUCCUUUGAGCCAGACAGUUAGUGUGUCUGUACUUGCAGGGCGCAAAGAUUCCAACAAAGUUGCUCGUGUCAUUAAUAGGUCUAUGUUUGAUUAUAUAGAUCGGACAGCCUUUAGAGCUAUGGCGUUUGAGUACCUUGAUUUCUCCCCAGCUCACCCAUUUAUUCCUGGUAUCCGAGCAUGGAUAUCUUUGCUCUUCAUGGAUGAUGGAAAUGAGGGUGUCAUUGAUGUUUUUGGGAUUGAAAUGGAUUUCCGUGAUGCUGCAAAUUCCAGGGAGGAGGUUUUGUGGCUAUUAGACAUGCUUGAUUGGAAGUGAAAGUGGGGAACUGUGACAACAAAGCUAAGAAGUGAGGAGCUGAGCUCAAUCAGUAGUGUCCAUGGAGAAUAGUUCAAAGGCCUUCAUCAUCAAUGGCAUUCUGGUCGUGUUAUAUCAUUUGGUUGCAUGUUUAAAGUUUGUAUAUAUCGCCAAUUUAAAUGGACAUCUUUUUUUUUUUUUGGUUUAAGUUCCCAUGACGUCUCCCAUUUGGUAUGGGAUCGUGGCCAUUCGCAUAUGGUUAGGUUGACUUGGUUCAAACACUGUGAUGAUAUGUUUGCGUAAUUCAGCGAUGAUUAUUAAAGUACAGUUCAUGGUAUUUCUAGGUUAAUGGCAAUAUUGAAGGAUUUAUAUCAAAUAUAUGGUUAAUUAUAUUUUGCU